GCUGAGUGCUGAAGCUGUUCUACUACUGUGUUCUUUGUUUUUUUGUUUGUUUUGGUUCUUUUGGUUAUGGUCAUGCACUCAACUCAAUAACUCAUGCUCAUGGAGUCAUGGUCGGUGAUGACUCAAACACCAGUCUAUAUAUUUUGGCCACCUGUUCUCUGUUGUUGCUUUUUUACAUUCUGCGCUCUCUCUCCCUCUCUCUGUCUCUUCCUCUGCAAUUUAUAUUAUAAGCUUUUUAUCGUGCUUUCAGUUCAGCCUUCCAGGUUUCAGUUCUACUUUCCAACUUUGAAUUUUGAAGAAACCCCGUCUCUCCCUCUCAAAAACAACCCCAAUAAUUUGUUUUUUUUCGAGGGAGAAGUCCUCACUUACUACUGGUGAGUGGUGACAGAUCACCACCCACGUCGACGUUUAAACAUUCAAGUGGUUGCAACCCUGCGUAUUCUUUUAUUCGAGAAAACACGCAGCUCCUUCUUCCUCUUUUCAUGGAAUCGCUUAGAAAAUCAUUCAAGUCGGCCCAAGGUUCCCACAAAUAUACUUGUAGAAUCUCCGCCGAAGCUCAGGAACAAAAUCACGAAUUGCAGCCCAUCCUCCUCGACCUCGACGAGCGCAUGUCGAAAUCUGACUCUUCGGACAACCACAGAGAAGUGGUCCUCAACAUCGACGGCAACAACAACUCAAAUCGUCACAAUGGUAAAAAUGCCAACAGCAGGGAGUCCGAUGGUGAAAAUGCGGGCCAAAGCGGUGCUGCUGACGCUGAUGGUUUCUCUUUUCACCAGCGACCGCAAGGUCCCGAUGGUCCACUACCCAAGCUGAUUGUGCAGUUCUUGCAUGAACAGACGGCGUCGGGGGAGAUAGCGUUGGAUAAGGACGAGCUCCGCUACGAUCGUAACUUGCCACCUAUGACGGAGAGUCCGAUGAAUCAUCGGCAGACUUCCUCCCGGGAGCUCAAGGCAUCCUUUCAAGGUUCUUCUCCCACUUGGGUUGAGACUGCCCAAAAACUCGUCCGACGACGCUACACCAGCUCGUUCGAGGAAGACGAACACAACCAAAUAAAACAACAUAAUGGCGGAUCGUCAAAUAUAGGCGGUGGUAGUGCUAAUAGUAGUGGUAGGGGCAGAGGUGAGGUUCUGAGAUGUACUUCCAGUGCUUCAUAUCGGAGGAAUUCGAGCCUGUUGAAAGCUAAAACCAAGUCGAGGCUCAUGGACCCACCGGAGGACCAAGACCGAAAAUCCGGGAGGGUGGCAAAGUCCGGCCAGGUGAAAUCUGGGAUGUUGGGGAGGAUUAAUAACGAGGAUGAAGACGACUCAUUUUCGCAGGAGGACGUUCCAGAGGAAUAUAAGAAGGGUAACAUCAGCGCCUUAACGCUUCUUGAAUGGGUCAGUCUGAUUUUGAUCCUGGCAACGCUUGUUUGCAGUCUUUCGAUCCCUGCACUGUCAAAGAAGCUGGUGUGGAGGCUCCAUCUAUGGAAAUGGGAGGUCCUUGUUCUGGUUGUGAUAUGCGGACGCUUGGUCUCUGGUUGGGGAAUUCGGCUUGUAGUCUUCUUCAUUGAGCGUAAUUUCCUUUUGAGGAAAAGGGUUCUGUAUUUUGUCUAUGGAGUGAGGAAAGCUGUUAAGAACUGUAUUUGGUUGGGUUUAGUUCUGAUCGCUUGGCAUGCUAUGUUGGACAAGAAGGUUGCGAGGGAGACGAAUACUAGUAUUCUGCCUUUUGUAACCAAGAUCUUGUUCUGUUUCUUAGUCGCUACAUUAAUAUGGCUUGUCAAGACACUCCUUGUUAAGGUUCUUGCAUCGUCGUUUCAUGUUAGUACAUACUUUGACCGGAUUCAGGAGUCUCUGUUCAAUCAAUAUGUGAUUGAGACCCUAUCUGGCCCCCCUUUGAUUGAAAUCCAGCAUGCACAGGAAGAAAACGAGAAGGUCAUGGCCGAGGUUCGAAACCUUCAAAAUGCAGGUGCUACUAUGCCUCCUGACCUCCGGGCAACUGUCUUGCCGACGACCAGAAGUGGGAAGGUGAUUGGAAGCGGUGGUCUCCAGAGGAGUCCUAAAGCUGGGAAGUCUGGCACAGUUUCUAAACAGCAGGAUGAGGGGAUCACAAUUGAUCACUUGCACAAGCUGAACCAGAAGAACAUAUCUGCUUGGAACAUGAAAAGGUUGAUGAAUAUAGUCCGGCAUGGUGUCCUGUCCACACUGGAUGAAACGAUAUUAGGUUCGGCUCACACUGACGAGUCAACAAUGCAGAUCCGAAGUGAAUGUGAGGCAAAAGCUGCGGCAAAGAAAAUCUUUAACAACGUGGCCAUGGGUGGUUCCAAGUACAUCUACCUCGAGGAUCUGAUGCGUUUCUUGAGAGAAGAUGAAGCUUCAAAGACCAUGAGUCUAUUUGAAGGAGCCACUGAAAGUAAAAGAAUCAGCAAGUCAGCUCUCAAGAACUGGGUGGUUAAUGCAUUUAGAGAAAGGAGAGCGCUUGCCUUAACACUAAAUGAUACAAAAACAGCUGUGAACAAACUCCAUCAGAUGCUGAAUAUCAUUGUUGGCAUCAUCAUAUUGAUCAUCUGGCUUAUCAUAUUGGGAAUUGCAACGACCCAUCUCUUAGUUGCCAUUAGUUCUCAAGUCCUCGUGGUGGUAUUUAUCUUUGGGAACACAUGCAAGACAGUAUUUGAAUCAAUAAUAUUCUUAUUUGCAAUGCACCCGUUUGAUGUGGGCGAUCGAUGCGAAGUGGAUGGAGUUCAGAUGAUUGUGGAAGAGAUGAAUAUCUUAACUACCGUAUUUCUGAGGUACGACAACCAGAAGAUCAUAUAUCCAAACAGUGUUCUUUCUACUAAGCCUAUCAGCAAUUAUUACCGCAGUCCUGAUAUGGGUGAUGCUGUUGAGUUCUGUAUCCACAUUUCCACUCCAGCAGAAAAAAUUGCAAUCAUGAAACAAAGAAUAACAGAAUACAUUGAGAACAAGAAGGACCACUGGUAUCCUGGACCAAUGGUUGUGGUGAAGGAUGUAGAGGACAUGAACAGGCUGAAGAUAGCAAUUUGGUUGACACAUCGCAUGAACCACCAGGACAUGGGGGAAAGGUGGUCGAGGAGAGCCCUCUUGGUUGAGGAGAUGGUUAAAGUUUUCAGAGAGCUUGACAUUGAAUAUCGCAUGUUGCCACUUGACAUAAAUGUCCGUAACAUGCCUGCUUUGACGUCUACCCGAUUUCCCUCUAAUUGGACUGCUUGUUCUAACUGAUGAUGCAAGAAAUUAACAUUUUAGAGAUCCCUUGGAGUUUAGGUGUAGAUGAGUGCAAGCUUCAGAAGAGCAUGAGAUGGCGAGGAGGGUGAUUUUGAUUUCUUUACCUACCUUCCCAGCAGAUUUUAUUUCUUUUCCCACUUUAUCCCUUGGUCUGCCGUUUCCCUUUCUCCUUGCCUUAAGAGUAGUGGUAGCAUUUACCUUUUUGGUCUGUUAAUGGUCAGACGUCCUCAGAUUGUUGCAGCCCUACCCAUAUCAAGCAUGCAGGUUUCAACCAGACUUUGAUAAAAUGAGAAUUGAUGGUGCCUUCUUAUCUUCUGGUCGUGCGGGUUAUUGCUUUGUGAUAUAUAAAGAAUAGGGAGACCUUUUGUUGAUGUGUUGACAGACUCUUGUGUUCCAACUUCCAAGAUCAGCGCUCUUCUCAGAAGGCUUACGUCGGCUCUCCUGAGUUUGCAAAUCUUCAUCUUUCAAUGGUGUGUGGAAUAAGACUGUUUAAACCUGGUUAAAGCUAUGACAGGUCAAGGUGAUAUACUGAUAUGUGUGCAAAAGUCUGGUUUGGAAACGGAGUGAAUGAAUGGUUUUGAGAAAUUAGUUUGGCGUCACCUUGAUGGAAAGAACAUCGUCGGCGCAUUUCUUGGUUAGCGAAGAGUGCGAAGAUGGGAUAGUCGGGCCUUGUACAAUGAUAUCGCUGAUGUAUGUUUGACUUGAGUAUCUCCCUCUUUUUCCGGUCAGUUAUUGAUUAGUGAAUGAAUAUUAUAGAAAAAAAAGGUUGUUGAUCCAUUGCCAUGUGCCAUUAGUCAUGCUUCCA